UUCUUUCUUUUCUUUUUUCUUUCUUUCCUCCUUCCUUUCUUUUUGAGACAGGGUCUCACUAUAUAGUCCUGUCUGGUCUGGAACUUACAGAGUCCCUGAGUGCUGGGAUUAAAGGCAUUUGCCUCCACCCCUGGUCUCAUAUCUGUCUUUUUCACUUGGAUGUUGAGGAUCCAAACUCAGAUCCUCAAGUUAGUACAGUGAAUAUUCUUAGCCAGAGUCACCACUCUAUCCUUUAAUGUUAUCUCUUUUAAUUAUCAUAUAAUAAACAAUAAUUAUAUUCUAUUUGCUUCUAUUCCUUAAGAAAUAAACAUUAAUUUAGCAGGUUGGGGAUUUAGCUCAGUGGUAGAGUGCUUGCCUAGCAAGCGUAAGGCCCUGGGUUCGGUCCCCAGCUCCGGAAAAAAAAAAAAAAAAGAAAUAAACAUUAAUUUAAAUAAUCACAGUCUGAUCAUUUUUAUUAUGUUAUUAAAUCCUAUUUAGGUCUCCUUUACCCUUGAGAGGUGCCUCUGUUGUGCUUUCUGUUUUCUUGCUGUUACAGAACAGCACCCCAUGCUUGUGGAGCUCAUUUACUCAGAUUCUGGAAUAUGUGUCAGCUAUGGAAGUGAUCUGAUAAAACUUAAAUUCAUCAGAUACUGUAAUGUUUUACUAAUAUACUAUGUUUUUAAGUAAUUUUUUGGUACGGUGCAUGUGCUAGAACCUAGAACCUGACACGUACUAGGUGAACACUUUUAAUAAAGUCUAGGUGAGAGAGGCGCUUCUGUCGUUGUUCGUGAAGCCGUGGUGACUGCGGGAUCAGAAUCUUUGAGUGUGAGAAACUUUACAGAUAGCCACAAUGGCUGAAAAUGGAGAUAACGAAAAAAUGGCUGCUCUGGAGGCCAAAAUCUGUCAUCAAAUUGAGUAUUAUUUUGGAGACUUCAAUUUGCCACAAGACAAGUUUUUAAAAGAACAGAUCAAAUUGGAUGAAGGCUGGGUAUCUUUGGAAACAAUGAUAAAAUUCAACAGGCUAAACCGACUGACAACAGACUUUAAUGUAAUCGUGCAAGCAUUGAGCAAAUCUAAGGCAAAACUCAUGGAAGUGAGUGCAGACAAAACUAAAAUUAGAAGAUCACCAAGCAGACCACUCCCUGAAGUGAUGGAUGAGUAUAAGAAUGAUGUGAAAAAUAGAUCUGUUUAUAUUAAAGGCUUCCCAACUGAUGCCACCCUUGAUGAUAUAAAAGAAUGGCUAGAUGAUAAAGGCCAAAUACUGAAUAUUCAGAUGAGAAGAAAAUUGCACAAAACAUUUAAGGGGUCAAUAUUUGCCGUGUUUGAUAGUAUUCAGUCUGCAAAGAAGUUUGUGGACACCCCCGGCCAGAAGUACAAAGACACUAAUCUGCUAAUACUCUUCAAGGAAGAUUACUUUGCAAAAAAAAAUGAAGAAAGAAAGCAGAGCAAAGUGGAAGCUAAAUUAAAAGCUAAACAAGAACAUGAAGGAAGACACAAACCAGGAAGUACUGAAACAAGAGCUCUAGAAGGAAAAAUGGGAUGCUUACUGAAGUUUUCAGGUGACUUGGAUGACCAGACCUGUAGAGAAGAUUUACACUUCCUUUUCUCAAAUCAUGGUGAAAUAAAAUGGAUUGACUUUGUCAGAGGAGCAAAAGAGGGAAUAAUUCUCUUCAAAGAAAAGGCUAAGGACACACUUGAGAAAGCCAGAAGUGCAAAUAAUGGUAACCUACUGUUAAGGAACAAAAAGAUGACUUGGAAAGUACUAGAAGGACAUGCAGAAAAAGAUGCAAUGAAAAAAAUCACAGAUGAUCAACAAGAAUCUCUGAACAAAUGGAAGUCAAAAGGAGGUCAUGUUCGCAGAUUUAAAGGAAGAGGGAAGGGUAAUAGACCUGCUUAUGCUGGGGCACCCAAAGGAAGAGGACAGUUUCAAGGAAGGAGGACAAGAUUUGAUGAUGAUGAUCAUCGUCGUGGACCAAUGAAAAGAGGAAGAGACGGAAGAGACAGAGAAGAACCCGCAUCAGAGCAUAAGAAAAGAGAGAAUGGUGCUAGAGACAAGUAGUUUAUUUAGUAAGCAGUGUUUUUAUUCCUUAGUUAGGUUUUAAGCUGCUUUUUGUCUUCAGAAGCUUUUAAAAAGAAAAGCGAAUUAGGUCCACUUCAAUGUCCACCUGUAUAAAAGGAAAAGUUUUUUGUUUUACUUGUCUUUUUGUUGUUAUCCAAAUGAAAGUUUUUUAAAAUGUAUAGUUCUGUUUGUGUUUGGAUGAUUAAAAUAUGAAAAGGAAGAUAAAAAAAAAA